AUCCGCGUGUUGGUUAUUGUCGUGCCGUAUGCCGUCCUACGGUGCUCCGCGAAGGACAAAACACUUUAAGCAAACGCAAAUCAAUGUGUUGACGCUUUGCAAAGAAACGCGCCCUGUGGUGGUUUGAUUAACGGUACUCCCUGAUUUUGUCUUACAGGUAUUGUCGUGAUGCUACUUGACAGUAUGAGGCCACGCGCGGCUGUAGCGACAGUGAUGCUGGUGGUGCUGCUUCAGCUUGUCUGUUUCAAACCCACAUAUGCCGAGGAAUCAGGAAGCGUCAUCCCCGCAGAGAGCCGGCCAUGUGUUGAUUGUCAUGCCUUUGAGUUUAUGCAGAGAGCUUUGCAAGAUCUGAAAAAAACAGCUUUCAACCUGGACUCAAGGACAGAGGAUUUGGUAUUGAGGGCUGAGAGGAGGGCCCUGUGUGACUGCAUGCCUGCCAGCAGCCUGCACUGAAAGGCCAACCAUAAACACUCUAUUUAGAUACAAAGUCUUCAUAUACCUGUAGGAUACUACCUGCUCUCAUGGUCAUACACACACUCUUUCAGUCCCCCCUCAAACACAUACACCGGUGCAUUCAUGGAUACAUGCUUACACUUUUAGAAAAGUAUGUGCAAACAACAUUAUAAAUACACAUUCCUGAUUAAAUAAGUCAACACAUACUUUCACAGUUAAAAAUAAAACGCAAUAUUUAACAGCACAAAGCAAAUGUUAAACAUUUAUAUUAGGGAAGCAGCUCUAAUACACUUGCAUAUUGUUGCACUUAUUGCAUAAGUCUGUUCCUGUCUAAGCACAUUGCACUGCAAAAUAUACUGCAAACAUUAAACACAUUGUUUAUUAUAUGAUUAUUAUUUGCACAGUAGACUUGCAUUUGUGUUCUAGAAAUAUAUGAUUAACAAAAGAUGGUGUAUUUCUUAAAACUAUAGAAGAUAUUACAGCAAUUAAGAAGUAUAUGAGAAUGUGUAGUCUUUUAACAUGUACAUCUUCAGAAGUUGUCAUUAGUGAGUUUGCUUACGAUAGAUUUAGGGUUAGAAAAGUCUCUGCAUGUAUAAUGCUAGUCUAGCAUUUUCAUACACCGUAAACAAUUCCUUGUUGCAUUUAAUAAAAAUAAAAUAAAGUUGAAUUAGCUUAAGUUAUUUACUAGUUAAGAAAGUUGAGGUGAACUGUAAAUUUAAGUUGAUUAAACUUAAAAAUUUAAGUGCAACAAAUAAUUUUAUGUAUGUCUUUACAAAAUAUGAUGGACAUGCAACAUUAAAGAAUAGACUUGUGUAGAUUUAUUGGCUACUAAGAUGUAGUCUAAGUUCACAUGUGUAAUGUCUUGUGUGUAGAACAAAUUGCAUCAAACAAAGCAUUUGUGAUAUUGUAUUUGUACCAAUUAAAGUGAUAGCAAACAUA